CUCUGCAGGAGGAUUUGGACAAGAAGCUGUUCGGGCAGCACCUGGUGAACAAGGUGGUUGUGAGGGCGGUGAAGGGCUUCUUGAACAACACCAACGCCAAAAAGCCUCUUGCCCUUUCCUUGCACGGGUGGACUGGAACAGGCAAAAACUUUGUCAGUAAGAUAAUCGCUGAAAGCAUUUAUAAAAGAGGUCUGCAGAGUAAAUAUGUCCAUCAGUUCGUGGCAACUUUACACUUCCCUCACGCUCACAGCAUCAGUCUGUACAAGGACCAGCUGCAGUCGUGGAUUCGGGGAAAUGUAAGCAUCUGUCCCAGAUCACUCUUCAUAUUUGAUGAAAUGGAUAAAAUGCAUGCAGGACUCAUUGACUCUAUCAAGCCAUUCCUGGACUACUAUGAGCUUCUGGAUGGGGUGUCUUACCGACAAGCCAUCUUCAUAUUCCUCAGCAAUGCAGGGGCUGAAAAGAUAACAGAGGUGGCACUAGAUUUCUGGAGAAACGGGAGGAUGAGGGAAGAUAUACAGCUGACAGACAUGCAGAAUGCACUGUCUGUGUCCGUCUUCAAUAACAAAAAUAAAUUCAUUCAUUCAGCUCCAGUGGACCGAAAUCUUAUUGACUACUUUGUUCCCUUCCUGCCUCUGGAAUACAAACAUGUGAAAAUGUGUGUCAGGGUUGAGAUUGAAUCACGUGGCUAUGCUGUGGAUGAAGACAUUUUAACCAGAAUAGCCGACGAAAUGACCUACUUCCCCAGAGAGGAGAGAAUUUAUUCAGACAAAGGAUGUAAAACUGUGGAUGCAAAGCUGGAUUAUUACUAUGACUUCUAAUGCUUUAUCUGCAAAGAAGCAGAUUUAACUUAAUCAUAGUGGAGAACCCAGGACAUUUCAUUUUUAAGCACUUUUUAAAGAAAGGAACGUUAUUUUUUUAACUGGCGUGGAAAUAAGCAGCAGUGCCUCUGCAUUUUUAUUCUGUCCCUACUCACGGCUCCCAAGUACUUCAGCCUUAUGUCACCAAGGUAAGAACAAACUGCGUUGUGAU